UCACAAUCUUCCAUGAUAGUUCAAAGGUUCCAGAGAGGCAGCCGCACGAGUUGACUCACCAACCAAUCUCUUCAUCAUUAUUGAUUGAUUCUCGUAUUUUCAAUCUCACAUGAAACCUCACUUCUCUAUCCUCUUCGCUUUCGCAUCUUCCUCACAAAAGUCAACCAACCCUCGGGCUCUACUCCGGCCAUGCCCCGUCGAUUAAACGACGGAGAUCCUGGCCGUUUUACCGCCGCCGCGCUCCUUUUCAUCGGUCUGAUCUCGUGUCUUGUCGUCUACGCUGUCUUCUCUACUCUUCUCCGUCCCCAAGACCACGCACUCGAUUCUGCUGUCCGGUCGCAAGAUCACUCCCGAGUAGAUGGUGGCGGAGGGUGUUGCCGUGGAGUAGAUAAUCUGGAGCUGUGGGGUUCGGCGGUGAAGUGGGGGACGGAUUUCAAGUUUAAUUCGUCUGAUGAGUGUUGCAAGGCGUGUAAAGUUAUGUGCAGCGGCAACCACGGACCUUGUUUGUGCGAUUCAUGGGUCUUCUGCGGGGACAAAGAGGCUUGCGGGUCCAAGUUCGGAGAGUGUUGGUUGAAGAAGCAAAAUGAUGUUUUGGUCCCUGAUCGACAGGAAGGUGGGCAGAAAGUGAUGUGGACAUCUGGGCUGAUAUUCGGACAAGGCCAGGGCAUUGUUGGUUUUGAGACGGAACACGGUGUACUUCAUGUCAAACUUCACCCUGAGUGCGCUCCUCACUCAGUAUACUACAUUCUUAGUUUGUUAACUAUGCGCCACUGCGCCGGCUGCCAGUUUCAUCGGGCUGAGAAUCGAGGAUCAUAUUGGGACUCACAAGGCAAUCAUAUUAACAACGCUCCCUAUGGUCCACCAUACGCCAUGAUUCAAGGAAUACUCCAGCCAGAGGGAAACAUGUUCACGCCGAUCCCAACCGAGCAUUGCCCAACCAUAAGCCGUGGUUCUGUUGGGUGGGUCGGCUCGGGUCCAGAGUUCUUUAUCAGUCUAGCAAACCACCACGAAUGGAAGCAAUCUUACACUGUGUUCGGCUCUGUUCUGCCAGAAGACAUGGAGGUUGCUGAGAGGAUUGCCGGUUUACCAACAAGAACCGAUGUUUGGAACAGCGUUAAUGUCUCUGUGCUGGAGAAACCGGUGUCGUUAACCGUACGGAGAAUGAAAUCUGGCCAAGAACAAGAAGAAUCCGGUUCGUGAACGUGAAGAACCGAACAAUGUUUUUCUUAUUUGAUUUGAAAGUUUAUAAUAUCUCCUUUUUUAUUGUGCAUAAAAAAACUACGGUAGAAUUUCUUUGAUUUUUGGCCGUUUUAAAUGAAAAUAUAUAUAUGGCUUAGUAUAA